UGAUUUUGCAUUUCCAGGAGGACUGUUUUGUUUACUAACAGUCCUACUCCCUGUCAGUUCAGGCACACUGCUUUGGAUGGCUGUGCACAGCACAGCCAUCCAAAAGCAAUGUGCUUACAGUGAAGCACACUGACACGGCCCCCUAGUAAAACACUCCCAGCACACAGUUAACCCUUUGAUCGCCCCGCAUGUUAAACCAUUCCUGCCCAGUGCCAUUUGUACUGUCAGUGCUUUUUUUUAGCACUAGUCAUUGUAUUGGUGUCACUGGGGAUGUCAGUGAAACCAAGUCAGUUCCCCCCCCAGUGUCAGAAUGUCUGCCGCAGUCCCGC